GUGACUGGGGAGGAGGUGCCUGAGCCAGGGCCUUGCCACAACAGCAGCUCCUGGGGACUCUGGGGGUCACGGGCCACAGUCAGAGAGGCUAGAGGAAGUGAGAGGUGACUUCCUGGACCAGCCAUCGCCAUGGCCCUGGCCCAGCAGCUGCGGGCUGAGAGUGACUUCGAACAGCUUCCGGAUGACGUCGCCAUAUCAGCUAACAUUGCAGACAUCGAAGAGAAGAGGGGGUUCACCAGCCACUUUGUUUUUGUCAUCGAGGUGAAGACAAAAGGAGGCUCCAAGUACCUCAUCUACCGCCGCUACCGCCAGUUCUACGCCCUGCACAGCAAGCUGGAGGAGCGCUAUGGGCCGGAGAACAAGAGCACCCCAACUACCUGCAGCCUGCCGGCACUGCCAGCCAAAGUCUUCAUGGGCGUGAAGCAGGAGAUCGCGGAGAUGCGGAUCCCAGCCCUCAACGCCUAUAUGAAGAACCUCCUCAGCCUGCCAGUCUGGGUACUGAUGGACGCCGAUGUCAGAAUCUUCUUCUACCAGUCCCCCUAUGAUGCGGAGCAGGUGCCGCAGGCGCUCCGCCGGCUCCGCCCACGCACACGCAAAGUCAAGAACGUGUCACCCCAAAGUGCCAGCUUUGACCGUCUGGCAGCUCCGCGUGCAGAGGCCCUAUUCGACUUCACUGGAAACAGCAAGCUGGAGCUGAAUUUCAAAGCCGGGGAUGUGAUCUUCCUGCUCAGUCGCAUCAACAAAGACUGGCUGGAGGGCACUGCCAGGGGAGCCACAGGUAUCUUCCCAGUCUCCUUUGUGAAGAUUCUCAAGGACUUCCCUGAGGAGGACGACCCCACCAACUGGCUGCGCUGCUACUAUUACGAAGACACAAUCAGCACCAUCAAGGACAUCGCGGUGGAGGAGGACCUCAGCAGCACUCCGCUGUACAAAGACCUGCUGGAGCUGAUGAGGAGGGAGUUCCAGAGGGAAGACAUCGCCCUCAAUUACCGGGACGCAGAGGGGGACCUGGUACGGCUGCUGUCAGAUGAGGAUGUGGGGCUCAUGGUGAGGCAGGCACAGGGCCUCCCCAAGCAGAAGCGCCUCUUCUCCUGGAAGCUGCAUGUCACCCAGGAGGACAACUACAGCGUCUACAACACGAUGCCCUUGGCCGCUGGGAGAUGAGGAACUUUAGGAAAGAUAGGGAGGGCUGAGGAGACUUCCUGGGUUUGAGGCUAAAUAGUGAGUGCCUUUGGGGGAGCAAGGAGUGAGAGUAAAAUACCAUU